UGCGCACACAUGGAUUCCGAUUACCAAUGUGAAUUCAUGAGCAUGCUAUCAAAGCCAGUUGGGACCCAAUUCAAGCGCCAAAAAGUUGAUUAUAUUUACGAAUUUCCCGAUAAUCAUGGCGUAUUUCAGUGCCUCCUGUCAUGAGGUUGUAGUUAUAGUCAUUACUAUCCAUUUCGGACCGCACAAAAACCUCCAUUGCAAGCUUCUUCAUCUUCUUCAUCUGCAUCAAUGGCGAGUGACGAGGACCAGGGCGGUGAGGAGUACUUGUACAAGAUUGUCCUUAUUGGCGACUCUGCUGUGGGCAAAUCGAACCUUCUCUCGCGAUUUGCUCGGAAUGAGUUCGAUACCAACUCCAAGGCUACAAUCGGCGUCGAGUUUCAGACUCAAGUGGUGGAAAUCGACGGCAAAGAGGUGAAGGCUCAGAUCUGGGAUACUGCUGGCCAGGAGCGAUUUAGGGCUGUCACUUCGGCCUACUAUCGCGGCGCUUUUGGUGCGCUGAUUGUCUACGAUAUCAGCCGUCGGACAACCUUCGACAGUGUCAAGCGGUGGCUCGACGAGCUCGGCGUUCAUUGUGAUACCGCGACGGUGAAGAUGCUGGUAGGAAACAAGUGUGAUUUGGAGAACAUCAGAGAUGUGAGUGUGGAGGAAGGCAAGAAUCUGGCAGAAGAGGAAGGACUGUUCUUCAUGGAGACCUCUGCUCUUGAUUCCACCAAUGUCAGAACAGCCUUUGAGCUUGUGAUUAAGGAGAUUUACAACAAUGUCAGCAGGAAAGUCCUCAACUCUGAUUCUUAUAAGGCUGAGCUUUCUGUAAAUCGAGUAAGUUUGGCUGAUGGGGCUGCCUCCUCCAAAAAAGGCUUCUCUUGUUGUUCUCAAUGAGUUUCGAUUUUUCUUUUCGAGUCAAAUUUUAAAAAAUAUUUAAUAGGCCAAAGUCCUGUUAGACGUAGAAAGUUUAUGGACUUAUUAGUUACAUUUGAAAAUUUAGAAAUAUAUUACACAUCUUAAAAGAUGUUCACGAGCUAAACUUGAAAUUUAACGGUUUUUUGAGUGCUAUGGUUUUGUGGUGUUUAUGAAUACUCAAAUGUGGGUAUGUUUGGCUACAAAAGUUUUAAAAGGAAUACUGGUUAGAAAUCA